CCAGCUGACAACACAUCCGUACAAACCUGCAGCAGCAGCACAAACCAGUCAAUGAGUCAUUGACCUGCUGUCAGCUGAUCCUGUUUGUCUCACUCUGAUCCAGGAAGUCCCUGAGUUCAGGGCUCAGACUGUUUCACUUCAAACAGGUAGAAAACAAUAGGAUCAUGGUCAGACCUCAGAGUAUCCUGCUGCUGCUCCACCUCCAGGCCUGCUGCCACCUGAUCCAGACUCUGGACCCAGCUGCCCUGCGGUUUGUCGUGCUCGCAGACUGGGGGGGUCUUCCCGUCCCCCCGUACUACACCCCUCAUGAGGAGGCUGUUGCUGCAGAGGUGGACCUGCUGGCCCAGACCGAGGGUCUGGACUUUGUCCUGAGUCUGGGGGAUCACUUCUACUACAACGGAGUCAAGAAUGUGGAGGACCCCCGCUUUAAGUUCACAUUUGAGCGAGUCUUCUCUCAGCCAUCGCUGCUGCACAUCCCCUGGUACCUGAUUGGAGGAAACCACGACCACAGAGGAAACAUCUCUGCCCAGAUGUUUUACUCCAACACGUCACACCGAUGGAAUUACCCAGGGCUGUACUACGAGCUCAGAUUUGACGUCCCUUUCUCCAACGUGUCGGUGAGCAUCCUGAUGCUCGACACCGUGGUGUUGUGUGGGAACACCUACGAUCAGACCCCGCCCUCAGGACCAGAGAACCCCAGAGCCGCAGAGCGUCAGUGGGACUGGAUCAGGUCCAGACUGGCCAGCAGCAGGUCAGACUACGUGGUGGUGGGCGGUCACUAUCCUGUGUGGUCCAUUGGCCACCAUGGACCCACUUCCUGUCUGGUCAACAGACUGAGGCCUCUGCUGAAGAAGUACAGAGUCUCUGUUUACCUGAGUGGCCACGACCACAACCUGCAGUUCAUCAGAGAGGAUGAUGGGAGCUCGUAUGUGGUCAGCGGCAGCGGGACAGUCAGCGACCCGGCCUCCACCCACAGGGACCGUGUCCCUCAGUCCUGGCAGCUCUACUCCAGUCCUGUCAAUCACACGGCAGGAGGCGUGGCUUACUUCAAGGUGACUGAGUGUCACAUGACAGUGAGCUUCCUGCAGACUGAUGGGAAAUGUGUUUACCAGGCUGAGCUGCCGAGACGCUCAGUCAGCAGAGACGCUGUGUGACGCUGCAGUCACAGGUAGAACAGGUGGAGAGAGGAGCUCACCUGUGGAGAAUAUAACCUGCUACAGGCUGAACAUCACUCAGGUGAUUCUCUAAUCAGCUGAUCGGACUCUUGAGUUCAGAUCACAUCUGAAAACUAAGAGCUGUGUAGAAGAACAAGUUUAUUUUCUAUAGAAUUAAACUAGAAUCUCGUCUUCCACUCAGACGAGUGCAUUGUCACUUCCUGUUUGUCCAGAGUCAGAGAAAAUAUUAAAUAUUAAACAUCUGUGUGAAACUUUGUCACAAUUACUGUGAAGUCUUGAGUAAUGGGUGUUUUUCUGAGGUCAAACUGACCUUGACCUUUGACCUUUGGGUCCAGGUGACAUGAGAAAUCAUUAAUCAUCAGUCAUCAAUCAUUCAGUCUUUGGUCAAAGACACAAGGUGUUCACAGACCUUUAACCAGAAGCAGAACCUGAUCCAGCAGGAGUCUGGAUCUGGACUCUGGGUCCUGGUGCCACAGAACCACUGAAGACCUCGUCCUGCGGAGGUUUCUAAUACCUUGUAUAAUAUAAAUUGAUUAAUUAACAUGUAAAUGUGAUUGAUAGGGUCGUAUAUAAAUACUAGAGAACUGUAGUAACUCCUGUGUUUAAUGACUUUAAUGUUGCUGCUGCCACAUCUCUGUUUCUCCUCCACUGUAAACUCUUAAGUAGCUGUUUUCCUCAUGCUAACUGCUCACCAGUGCUCAGUGCUCCACCUGUCCUCCGCCCUCUCACCUGUCAACCCUCCAGCCUGCAUUCAAGCUUCAUCUCCAGCUGGACUCCUCCAUUAACAUCCACCGCCCCUCAGUCAGUCUCCCUCAGUCUCCUAACACUAAGGCUACGUCCUCACGACUCCACCACUUUUCAGCCUCUAAAACAGAGACUUUCAGAAACGCUGCUAGGCCUGUUUUAUUCUGAAAACUCCUGGGUUUUAUUUUGAAAACUCUGUGGUUGUGUUGUAUCUUGACGGACAGAAACUGAGACCUUUGUAAACGAUGACGUCACAGCCACGGCCUCUCCUGAUUGGCUCUCAUCAGCCUGGACUACCAGAGGUGAAUACAACAUGAUAAUGAAUGACAGUGUCACUGACCUUGUUGUCUUAGCAGCUGUUGUUCACUUACAUUCUCUGUUUUAAUGCUACAGCUGUCUUUGCUGUUCCUCCUUCAGAGGAGACGAUCUACUUCCUGUUUACACCGGCUUGCACAUGUUCAGUGUAGUGAAUGGUCAUGUGACAUGUGUGGAUGCAGAUGGUUUUUGUUUGAAACGCUGUUUUAAAAUGAAAACGUAGUCGUAUGGACGCAGCAUGAGAAACAUUAGCUUCGUACACAGG